AUGAUUGACAAUCAAUCUGAUAAAAGUGCACUUGGCAGCACUACAAACAACAACAACAAUAAUAAUAAUAAAACUGGUAUAAUGUUAAAUCAACAACAGUCAACUUCAACAACAGCAAAUAAUAAUAAUGUAAAAAAGAUUGGAGAAUCACAAUCCGAUGUAUUCUCUAUUACACUCACAGGAAACACAGGUAGUGAGCCACCAUUCUCCAAUAAGGGUUUGGUGUUGCCACGCUUUGGCACACUGAGGAUUGUGGUACCGUGUGGUCUGGAAGCGGCUGCCGGUCAACCGCAACUCUACUGCAACUACCCGGCGAGUGGCGCUCAAUUUUCGCGUACUCAGUACAGCCUCAUCAAGUCACCAACAACCUACAACGGCCACGACGAUAUCGUCUUCAACUUGAAAAUCACUCACCACGGCUGUUUCGACUACUAUCUCGAGUGGAGCGCACCUUCCUCGCCGUCUUCUGACAAGAAGAUUGUGAAGCGUGGUAGUAUCGGUAGUUUCCAGAUUCAUCCAAACCUGUCCAUCAACGGACGACCUCUUCAACCGGAUGGAAUCGUGCUGCAGACCGUUCUUACCAAAUGUCUUGGAACUCUGGAUAGCUGGAAUGAUUACAUAAAGACUGCUUCGGAAACCGGUUACAAUAUGAUUCACUAUACUCCGGUGCAAGAGAUCGGUGCAUCGGGAUCUUGCUAUUCCAUCUUUGACCAACUUUCUAUCGCGCCAAGUCUGUGGCCAGCUGGAAAGGCUCCGGCCGAUCAGAACCAACGUCUCGACGCACUGGAAAAGGUGAUUCGCGAAUCAGAGCGCAACCACGGUUGCAUAUCGAUGAUCGACUUGGUUUGGAAUCAUACUUCCUUCAACUCCAAUUGGUUGAAACAACAUCCGGAAGCUGGAUACAAUCCCGACAAUUCGCCGCAUCUCAAAGCUGCAGUCGAGGUUGACCAAGCACUCAACCGUUACUCAAAAUCCAUUGAAGGAACUUCGAUCGUAUCGUUGGAGCAGCUCGACAAUCUCAUUACCCACAUUGGUGACAGCUGUUUGAAUCCAUUGAAGCUCUGGGAAUACUACGUACUCGAUGUCAGUCGUGAGAUGGAGUCAUUCAACCAAAAGUAUCCGGCUACCGUUCCAACUAUCAAUCCAGAGAUGCCAUUCAACUCGCCAUUCAUGCCAAUCUCACCAAAGAAUGCCAAUGAGAAUGCCGAUCUCGUUAAUCAAAUUCAAAAGAAAGGAUUGAUUCGUAAUCCAAACUAUGAACGUUUCUCAAUGACCAUCGAUUUGGAAUUCACUUUUAAACUUCUCAAUGGAAAUGCAACCUUUAAGAACUACACAAUGGAGGAGAAGAAACAGAGAUACGAAGAUUUGUUGCGUCUUAUCAAUUUGAAUCUCUAUCGUGAGUACGACGGUGACCAUGAUGCCAUUCUCAACAAUGUUCGUGAGCGUAUCAAGUAUGAGCGUCUCGCUGCACACGGACCACGUCUCGGACCAAUUUCCAGCUCGAAGCCAAUGCUCGCCAGCUACUUCACCAUUGUGGAGUGUGACGAUGGACGUCGUGUUCCUCUCGCCAACAACGGUUGGAUCUUCAACUACAAUCCAGCCGUAGAUUUCGCCAGUAAAGAUUCUCGCGCCUAUCUUCGUCGUGAUGUUAUCGUCUGGGGAGAUUGUGUGAAGAUGCGAUACGGACAGAAACCAGAGGAUAAUCCAUGGCUGUGGCAACACAUGAGAACUUACACCGAGAGAAUGGCCAAGCUAUUCCACGCCAUUCGUAUUGACAAUUGUCAUUCCACACCAAUCAACGUCGCUCAAUAUCUCUUGGACGCCGCACGUGCAGUCCGUCCAACGAUCUACGUGACCUGCGAGUUAUUCACCGGUUCCGAAGAGGCAGACAGUGAAUUUGUCAAGCGUUUGGGUAUCAACUCGUUGAUUCGUGAAGCAAUGCAAUGUCACGAUAGUUGGGAGCUUGGACGUGUAUGUCAUCGUUAUGGAGGACAGCCAAUUGCCUCGUUUGUCUCGCCAACUGUCGAGGGAAGACAUUUCCAUUCGGUGUCGAAUCAACCAUACGACGUCAACUCGUUGAAACCUCAUCUUCCACCAGCACUCUUUAUGGAUUGCACUCACGACAAUGAGACACCGGCACAAAAGAGAACUGUUGCCGACACUCUUCCCAACUCUGCUAUUGUCGCCAUGACUGUAUCGGCCAUUGGAAGUACUCACGGUUACGAUGAAAUCUAUCCAUCCACUAUUGAUCUUGUUCAUGAAACUCGUACCUACCAGAAGCAAUCGGGUGACAACAAAUCUGGUUUGUUCCCUCUAAAGACAUUGCUAAACAAACUACAUGUUGAAAUGGCAGACAAUCAAUACAGUGAGGUUCAUAUUCAUCAGGAGCACAAUGUGAUAAUGGUACAGAGAUUCUCACCAAAAUUGAACCGAUCGGUAUUCCUUGUUGCUCACACAGCAUUCACUGUCGACAACCCAGAGGAUAUCCUCCUACCAGAGGUCAUCAACAUCCCAUGCAAAGUAACAGAGUUUAUCGUUGGUGCAAGAAUUACAAACAGCCAUGACUGGCAUAGAAACGAUCAACUCUUGACCGGUGUAAACAUUGACGUUGAAACCUACUAUGGAAACAGUGUAUUUGAUAAAUAUUGUUACAUUGAAAAUGAUUAUAGUUUAGAGAGAAAUCUAAAAUUAAAACUUAAAGAUUUCCCACCUGGUGCUAUACUUUUGUUUAGAGGAGAAGUACCGGCGGAAUGCACAACUGCUAUGAAUCAAUUGGAUGUUGCUUUGAGUGAAGUGAGUGCUUUGGAUAAUGCAAUUCGUUCAUUUACAUUGUUGGAUAUGAAUACUAUUUUGUUUAAGCAUCCAGAGGAGGAGCGUGUCAAUGGUGGAGGUGGAUAUAAUAUUCCAAACUAUGGAACACUUCCAUUCUGUGGUAUUCAGGGAUUCGCUACCAUUUUGAAUCGUAUCAGCGAGUGGAACGAUCUCAGUCAUCCACUGUGUAACAAUCUUCGUGAAGGUAACUGGGCUAUGGAUUAUAUCAUGAUGCGUCUCAACAACAACCCAGCCUACAAACCACUGAUCGAAUGGUUCAACCAUUCCUUCUGGCUGGUCAAACAGAUUCCACGCCAUUUCAUUCCAAAGUAUUUCAAUGCUGUUGUUCUCACUGCCUAUCGUUCCAUCGUUGAUAAAGCCAUCAGUUUGAUGUCACCGUUUGUCAUUGAAUCCAACUGGUUCGUCAAAGCAUUGGCUCUAGCAUCGAUUGAAUUCUACGGAGUGUGCACUCCACUCAUUAACAAUCCAAUUGUACUCGAGUCAUUCAAGAAUCCACAGGCAUCUCUCUGUGCUGGACUUCCACAUUUCUGUGCUGGAUAUAUGCGUAGUUGGGGAAGAGAUACGUUCAUCGCGUUGAGGGGUGUUAUGUUGUCAACCGGUCGUUUGGAUGAGGCGAAACAACUUAUCGUUGGCUAUGGAUCGUCCACGCAAUUCGGUUUGAUUCCCAAUCUUUUGGAUAGCGGAAAUCGUCCACGUUACAACGCCAGAGACAGCACUUGGUGGUACUUAAAAUCGAUCCAAGAUUACUCUGAUCUGCUCGCUUCCGAUACCGAAAGAAAGACAUUCCUCGCCACCCGAGUAUUCCGUCUGUUCCCAUCGGAUCCAAAUCAACCGUAUUCCACCGUUGCCGAGUUGAUUCAAGAGAUCAUGCAGUGUCACGCCCAGGGAAUCAAAUUCCGUGAGCCAUUCGCAGGUCGUGAGAUCGAUGAGAAGAUGAAAGACGAGGGAUUCAACAUCAAUAUCACUCUCAACCGUGACAAUGGAUUUUUAUACGGUGGUAACCAAUUCAAUUGUGGAACCUGGAUGGACAAAAUGGGAGAGUCGGCCAAGGCUCACAACUAUGGAGAUCCAGCUACUCCACGUGAUGGUGCACCCAUAGAAAUUACAGCCAUGCUAUUCUCCACUCUCAAGUGGUUGGCCAAGAUCAACCAAUCCGGAAUCUAUCCACACUCCUCGGUCAAAGUGAGCGGCUCAGACCUGAAGUUCUCCGAAUGGCAAAAGUUGAUCCAAGACAAUUUCGAGUUGUUCUACUACAUUCCAAGUUCAUCGGAAGAUAAGAAAUACAAAAUCAAUACUUCUUUUGUCAGAAGACGUUAUAUCUACAAAGAUACCGUUGGAAGUUCCUCGCAGUACACCGACUACCAAUUCCGACCGAACCAACUGGUCGCCAUGUCGUUUGCACCGGAGCUUUUCAACCGUGAAAAAGCACAAAAGACUUUGGAUUUGACUUACAUCCAACAAUCAUCGUACGCUUCACUCCCAGAACUCACAAACAGAGAUGGUGCUUAUUGUAGAGAUAGUUGUGAUUCUCAAGCAUGGUCAAUUGGAACAAUUAUUGCCUCAUUGUGUUAUUUGAACAAUCAUAAAUAA